AUGCAGCUGGCCUUCUGAAAAUACUACAUAAAGAUAAAAAUCGGAUAUAUUUCUCCAAAUUUAUCAAAAUUUUCACUCCACAAAUAGCAAAAAUGACAUUUAUCGAAGGACAAACUCCUGGAUAAAUCAAAAAUUUCAAGAAAUUUUAAUAAAUAAAAUGGAAACUAGCGAAUCGAGAGAUUACGAAAAUCUUAACUCAAUUGAGAUCUCAGCUCCAUCAAAAGUGCUGAUCACAGGUUGCUAUCUAAUAAUUGAGCCAUAUUACAGUGGCCUUGUCUUGUCUUGCUCCGCAAGAUUGAAGACAACCCUGAAAAUAAGCCGUGAAGGGGAAAUCAAAACUGGUGAGACUGUUGUCAAGUGUCAUUCUCCCCAGAUGGGUGAUAAGACAUGGGUAUUCAGCCUCAAAAAUAUUUACCAAGAUGAUCAUACAACCUUCAGCGUUGGGCUAGAUGAAGAGCAGACCGAUGAUUCAUUUGAAUUCUCAAGAGCUAUCUUGAACACCUUCUUCAGUCUUUUGCCAUUUUCGCAGACUUUGCCACAUGAAUCUCUUGAACAAUUCUCGAAGUUCCUAGACACUGUCAGUGAGCUGGAUUUCACAUUUAUCGGGGACAACAGCCUUUACUCUUUUGAGCCCGAAAGCAGUAAGGAACAAGAUAAAGACAAGCCUCUAGCCAAGACAGGGAUGGGAAGCUCAGCUACUUUUAUCACUUCAUUCAUUGCUACUCUAUAUUGCCUCGCUAGCAAAAAGCAAGCUUUGAGCGAGGAAGAGCUGAAGGAGGUCCACAUACUUGCCCAAAUCGCAAACUCUGUGUGAGCCAAGAAGAUAGGCAGCGGAUUUGACAUCGCAGCAGCUACAUAUGGCCAUCUUGUGUUUAAAAGAUACAACACCAAGGAAGACCUUCCUCAGAUUAUUGAAGGAAUCGACGCUAUUAUUGAGAACAACUCUGGAGAAUCCAUAGAAGCCAAUUUUAAAAAUUUCUCUGAAAACUUUUCUUUUGUGCCUGUAAGAUUUGAAAUUCCAAAAUAUUUCAACCUCUGCAUGGUGUGUACUUCUAGCGGAAGUGACACAAGAGUCAUGGUCAAGAACUUGAUGCAAUGGUCAAGAGAGCAUCCAGAUCCAGAGCAUGAGAACAAGGACACGAUAUUUUCCAAUGAAAAUUGGCAGAAUCUCUUCAAAUUCAAUCUUGAAAUUAUUGAGAUCUUUAAAGAGCUAAAAGAGUUAGAGUCCACAGAUGGGUAUAAGGAUCAGGUUGAAAGAUUCCUUAACAAAGAAUCUUUAGAUACUGACGUUAUUCCUUCCCAUGUCAGCAAACUGACAGAGCUGAAUAAUACAAUGAGGAAACAUCUGUGCAUUAUCACAGAGGAAUCUGGGGUCCAAGUUGAACCAGCCAGAGUCACCAAAAUUCUUGACAACUUCAGAGACAGAAUCCCCAACUUAGUAAUGUGUGGAGUCCCUGGAGCUGGAGGAGAUGAUGCCGUCUAUAUUCUCUACUUAUCCACUAGUGAGGAUUCUAAGGUAGACAGAGAAGUCAUUAAGAAAGAGAUUAACAAGGUAAAUGAAGAGUUGGAGACUAACUGUGGAGUUCUACCUAUCGAACUCAACCAUAGUGAAGCACUAAGAAUCCAAAUGGAAUAA